AUGUCCCCAUCUAUAGACCGGAUUCAAUCGUGGGCGAAAGCUCACGCGUCUUCUCGCAGCCUGUCAGACCAGACCUCCCCCGAACAGGGUGCCGACCUUGACACCACCGAAAAACCACCUCAAGAUGGACAAGUGAAUGUUCCAGUGGAGGAUCCUACUCCAGGGUCCGUCACGGAAAACACCUCCAAGCCGGGUCUUCUGAUCCGCAUGCGAAAUGGCUCCGGUCGUUUCUACCAACACACCAAGGAUGCAAUCUGCCACAGUUGGGUAAAUGUCCUGCUGGUCUUCGUACCAGUCGGCAUUGCAUGCGAGGCCGCGGGCCUCAAUCCAGCCAUCGUCUUCGCGAUGAAUGCUGUGGCUGUCAUUCCCCUGGCUGGACUGCUCAGUCACGCUACGGAGAGUGUUGCCAGUCGUCUUGGCGACACCAUUGGAGCAUUGAUCAACGUCACUUUCGGAAACGCAGUGGAGUUGAUCAUCUUCAUCAUCGCCCUGGUCAAGAAUGAGAUUCGAAUUGUGCAAGCUUCCCUGCUUGGCUCCAUUCUGGCCAAUCUGUUGUUGAUCAUGGGCAUGGCAUUCUUGGCGGGUGGUCUUCGCUUCCAGGAACAGAUCUAUAACAGUACUGUCACCCAGAUGAGUGCUUGUCUGCUCAGUUUGAGUGUGAUGAGUCUUCUUAUCCCCACUGCCUUCCAUGCCUCCUGGUCAGAUAUUGCCGAGGCCGAUCGAGAGACUCUCAAGGUCAGCCGUGGCACCAGUGUCGUUCUACUGUUGGUGUAUAUUCUCUAUAUCGUCUUCCAGUUGAGAACACACUCGUAUCUCUAUGCCAGCAUUCCCCAGGCCAUCAUUGACGAGGAAUCGCACCCCGGUGUCUUGGCCGACUUUAUGAACAGCUCGUCGGACUCCUCAUCGAGUUCCAGCGAGGAUUCAGACGAUACUACGACAUCAUGGACGACCGCUAAGCGCAUUAAGAGAGCAAUGAAAUAUCGCAGACAUCGUAAAUCAAGUACAAGCUCGAAGGGAACAGCAUCUCGCGAUUCCUUCCAGAAACGAGCCACGGCUUCCACAACAAAUGAGAACCAGACCUCGAUCCCUAAUUCCAUCGACAGCAACGAACACGCCAUCGAGCUCAGCGAGGAAAUCCGCUAUGAUGCUGACGAUGACGCAGUCCAUUCUCGCGACUUCGGCCAGCCUCUGGACCGUGGCAGCAGCAAAGGAAGCAAGAAGUCGAAGAGGCGGGAUCGCAAAAAGCGCAAGGCCCAGAAGGCAGCGAAGAAAGCUCAGAUCGUCGCACCCGAAGACAUCAAUCCUCCAACGAAUCAACGUCCAGCUAUUAUGGGCUUCCCAUCUGCUCCCACAUUCGCCAGCGUUGACGGCGCCGGCUAUGAUCUCCAGAAACGCCGCUCGCCUUUCGGCCCCAUCCCAGCCCUGCUUUCCAAUACCGUCUUCAGCUCCCAGUCCCCGGCAUCCUCACCUCAUGUCGGAACCGCCGCCUCGCGCCCAGGAAUCUCCCGCAGCAACUCGCUUCCCGCACAUAUUAGUCGUUUUCCGCCGGCCGGAAAUGCAGUGCAGUUCGCCCGCGGCGCUUCCCGUCUCACCGCGCCAACCGACGUCGUAGUCCCAGAGACAGCUUCUCAAGCCCCGGAACCCGAAAUGUCCCGCACCGCUGCCAUUGUAAUGCUUUUGCUGUCCACUGCUUUGGUAGCCGUCUGCGCCGAGUUCCUAGUUGACGCCAUUCCCGAAAUGAUCGCCAGCUCGAAUGUCAGCGAGGCCUUCAUCGGUCUAAUCAUCCUUCCCAUCGUCGGCAAUGCAGCUGAGCAUGUCACUGCUGUCAGUGUCGCCACUAAGAACAAAAUGGAUCUGUCCAUCGGUGUUUCUGUCGGUAGUAGUAUCCAAAUCGGUAAGCUCCUGUCCACAUCCAUCUCCAAUGUGUCAUCUUCUCACAACCCAUCAGCUAUCUUUGUCACACCCCUCGUCGUCAUCCUCGGCUGGUGUAUGGACAAAGACAUGUCCUUGUACUUUACUCUCUUCGAGACUGUCUGUCUCUUCGUGACCACCUUCGUUGUCAACUUCCUGGUCCUGGACGGCCGAAGCAAUUAUCUCGAGGGUGUCCUCCUGGUCGCAGCCUAUAUCAUCAUCGCUCUGUCUUCAUUCUUCUACCCGGACGAUAAUAAGUCGAGUCUGAUCGCUGGCUCUGGAGGCGUUUAA